UCUCACCUUCCUGCUUUGCGAGGAAAAGCGCCCUCUCUUUCGCUCUUGUUGGUUUUAUAUAUACACCGCCCUUUUCACCCGACUGCUGCAGCAACACCCAUAAUUUGAGAUUCUCUUUUCCUCCUUUUCCUCUCUUCGUCUUAUAGCUGGUGAUCUUUCAGAGACCCUUUAAUUCUUCACGUGUCAUCGCCGAGGUUGUUGGUUCAGCUAAGCCCACUCAUGUCAUCCGCACUCGUUCGCUUUAUCUUUUGAUGUGCUUGAUCGAAAGAUGAAGAACCAGUAGGCACCCAUCUUUUGGUUUCGGCAACAAUCGCCUUACCGUCCGAAUAGUUUGUGGAGAUAAGGUCUUUGUAGCUGUAGCUUUGUUGGGUCUGAUCUUGUGAAAAUGGAGAGGGUCAUCAACUGGGAACAACACAACCUGAUCAACGAGCUGGCCCAGGGAAAGGAGCUGGCGAAACAGCUGAGUGACCACCUCGUCAGCUCGUCGUCGUCCCGCGAGACGCGCCAGUUCUUGGUCGAGAAGAUACUCUCUUGCUACCAGAAGUCGCUCGCAAUGCUGAAUUACGAUGCUUUCAUGGGGGAGCACAGGCCCACCUUCAGCAUUGGGACUAGUGGCAGCCCCAACAAUGAGGGGGACGUCUACAAAAAGAGGAAGACUAUGCCGCGGUGGACAGAGCAGGUUCGGGUCAACUCAGACACCGGACUAGAGGGGCAUCCUGAAGAUGGUUAUAACUGGAGAAAAUAUGGGCAAAAGGAGAUUCUUGGAGCCAAUUACCCUCGGGGAUAUUACAGAUGCACUCACCGUAAUGUCCAAGGCUGUUUGGCUACGAAGCAAGUCCAGAGAUCAGACCAAGAUCCAACUGUCGUCGAAGUCACAUAUCGGGGACGACACACUUGUAUCCAAGCCCGCAAUUCAGCCAUUAGUCCGACCCCAAUCGUUAAGGAAGAGCCUCCAAAAGAAACCACAAACCGUCAAGAAAAGCCCAAACCGUCUCUAGAGACCCUUUUAAGCUCCAAAUGGGGACUCAGCGUUAAAACUGAGAACUUGGACGCGAGGCAGGAUGAUGUGUUCCCAUCGUUUCCCUUCUCCACCACCGCAGUUGAGCCUGAGAAUGGAGAGGGAGAUUACUUUGCUGAUGCGCUGAUGGACGACAGCUUCCUGGACAAGUUCUACUUCUGCGCUCCCAACAACGCGCAGACGUCGGAGUCCGGCCUAACGGAGAUAGUUUCAGCUCCGACUUCGGUCACCAAUUCCCCAAUGGGGGACCCAGCUUUCUCGCUAGGCAAGGUCGAUUUCGACUUGGAUUUUCCGUUCGACAAUCCGGAUUUCUUCUCAUGAUUCAAGAGGCUGAGCUGUGUCAGCAGGAGUAGGGGAAGAUUCGGAUUUCAGUUCGUGGACAAUAUUGAAGGAGGUGACCAACCAAAUUGGUAGCAAACCAGGCCAUCUAAGUAUGGUCCCUCUAUAAUGGCCAGGAGAGUUUCUGCUUAGAUUUCACCAAACAAAUGUGUAAUUUUUGUACCCUUUUGUUUUCUGUUUUGUUGUUUCCCCCUUUUUUUGUUCAGUUUGAUUGAGCUUAUUCUUAGAAAGUUAGGAGUAUAACGUCAUCUUCACGUGAAGAUAUCGAACUGCAAGAUUGCAGCUUGUAAAGUGUUGAAUGUUAUCUUUUGCCCAAAUUCAGAGAAGAAAAUUUGAUCCGGAGG